UCGGGUCCAUAGUCAGUCGGCCAGUCCUCCAAGUCACUGCCAGCUCUAAACUCGACAGCGAGGCGGGGUCUCUCACUCCUCCUCCCAAUAACCCCCCCAAAUUUUUUUUUUUUUUUAAAAUGGAACCCUAGAUCCUCGAUCUCCCUCUAGGGUUUCCAAUGGGCUGCCUCCUCUCGUCGCUAUGGUCCUCAGUCUCAGACGACGACCCUCAGGCGACGGCCGUCGUCCUCAACGUCUACGACCUCACCCCGUUGAACAAGUACAUGUACUGCUGUGGCGUCGGCAUCUUUCACUCUGGAAUCGAAGUUCAUGGCUUGGAGUAUGGAUUUGGAGCUCAUGAGUACCCAACAAGCGGAGUAUUUGAGGUGGAACCAAGGACCUGUCCAGGUUUUAUCUACAGACGUUCCAUCACGUUGGGUCGUAUAAAUAUGCCUCCCCAUCAAGUUCGAAUAUUGAUUGAAGAAAUGGCGUCAGAGUAUCAUGGAGAUACCUAUCAUCUCAUCUCCAAAAACUGCAACCACUUUACUGACGAUGCUUCUUUAAGAUUGACAGGAAGGUCUAUUCCGGCGUGGGUGAACCGCCUUGCUUGGCUAGGCGCCACUUGUAAUUGUCUUCUACCAGAGUGCCUUCAGGUACCAGCAGUUAAACAACAAGUGCCUGAGUAUCAUGGCAUAUCAGACGGAUCUGAAUCAUUGUCGGUCAUUGUCUCGAAUGAGCCCGCAGAAAGUGAUGAUGCUGACCAAGACAAGCAUCUCCUCAUACCAACUGCUACAACUCAUAGAUGAAAUCUUGUUUAGCCUUGUGAAGCUUUGUGAAAAACAGACCGCUGCCUUUGUAUCAUUAUUAAUACUAAUCGUAGAGCUUUCAAUAUUCUUUGUAGUUCUCCAGAUUCAUUCAGCUUGGAGAUCCUUUGUACCCGUUGUUCCUUGUUUUUGUGAAUUAUUCUUCAAGAAAUUGGUUCUCCUUGUAUAAAUUGAAUGUGAAUACAAAAGAUUCGGAAAGCUUAAGAUGUUGGAGUUGUGCAUAGCUGGAGUGUCAUCUUCUUUUGUUUCCCUUGGAUUAUGUAAAGGCAAACGAUUCCUUCUUUUUUUCUUAAUUUUAAAUUCUUUUGAGCCUCA